AUGGCUAGAUAUAAAAGUUUUAGAGUUGGUCUCUAUAAUGCUGGGUCAAUAAGAAGCAAAAUAGACGAGUUUCAGGUUGCCUUACAACGUGACUCUGCUGAUAUUAUGGCAAUUAACGAAACAUGGCUGCAGACAGGUGACAAUGUAAGUGCCCCAUUAGUUCCUGGAUAUAGCUUCCGUCAUAUUCCUCGAUCGUGUAACAUGUCAAGAACUAGGGGCGGAGGUGUAGGUUUCUACAUUAGACGAGGGGUAAGUGCUCGUUCCUGUCCACAUAUUAACACAUUUACUGAAGUGGAGCAACAAUGGAUAUCGGUAACCAUAAAUAGGACUAGAAUAUUAAUUGGUACAGCAUAUCGACCACAAUGGGUCAAUGUGGAUAAUUUUCUUGAUUCUCUCACCGACACUUUAACUUCACAAUCCAACUUUGAUUAUUUUAUAUUAUUAGGCGAUUUUAACAUUAACAUUUUGGAUACUAAUGAUAGUAAAACUCUUCGUCUUAAGCAAUUUUUGACCUAUACUAAUUCAAGUAACUGUAUUUCAGAACCUACACAUUUCACACGAGACAGUGCAACGUUAAUUGAUUUAGUUAUCACGGAUGCACGUGUUACAAAUACAUUUGUUAAACAUACACCAGAAUUAGGAGGGCACGCUUUUGUUUUGGUUGACUUCCAUUUUAAAAAACCUAAGAUAGCACCAAUACAACAAAUUAUAAGACCUAUUAAAAGUAUCAAUAUGCUUGCUUUUCUAUCAGAUCUCGAAGCUAUAAAUUGGGAUACUAUCAUAGGGUUUAACUGUGUAGAUCAAAUGGUAAUUGAGUUUUCCAAAAAAAUUUUAGAAUUAUUUGAUAAGCAUGCUCCUGAGAAAUUAGUAACGUUUAAAAAAAGACAACUGCCAUGGUUCACUAGUAAUGUUCGGUACAUGAUGCAACUGCGUGACAGCGCUCAUAAUAAGUAUCGACAAACAAAAGCUGAAAGUGAUAAAACUCAUUACAAAUCUCUUAAAAGACUAGUUAAUAGUUGUCUUAAUACUGAGAAGAAAGCAUAUUUUGACUAUCAUAUUAAUCAGAACCUACAUAAAGCAAACAUUUUGUGGAAAAACUUGAAAUCGGUUGCAUUACCUUCAUUUAAAAAUUCUAACAAUUUACCAGACCAUUUUAAUGAUCCUGAUAAAAUUAACCACCACUUUCUUAAUAUUCCGGACGUAAGCAAUACUGGUUCGUUUUAUUCUAAAUUCUUUAAAAGUUCUAAAUAUAACUCAAACACAUUAAAGUUAAUGCCAGUCCAUGAAAGCGUAGUUGCAAAAGUUAUUAUGGCUAUCAAGUCGAACGCACAAGGGGUUGAUCGAAUUAGUAUGGAAAUGAUACUUUUGACACUACCACAAACAUUAAAGGUUAUAACAGCAAUAAUUAAUAGGUCUAUCACAGAAUCAAUUUUUCCUUCUCAGUGGAAAACCGCACUAAUUCGUCCCGUACCAAAAAAAGACAACGCAGUUGAUUUAAGCGACCUAAGGCCUAUUAGCAUUUUACCAUAUUUAUCAAAAAUAUUGGAAAAAGUUGUACACUUUCAAGUAGUAUACUUUUGUGAACUAAAUAAAAUACUACCUAAGUUACAAUCAGGGUUUAGGAAGAGUCAUGGGACAGCUACAGCCCUUAUAAAUGUCGUAGAUGACGUGCUGUCUUUUUCAGAUUCUGGCAAAGGCACGAUCCUCACUCUUUUAGAUUUUUCUAAAGCAUUCGAUUCGAUAAAUACGGAUUUGUUAAUAGAUAAACUAUCAUAUUACGGAUUUGAUAACGGGGCAUUGGUGUGGUUUAAGAGUUAUCUCAAUAAUCGUUUACAACAAGUUAUAAUUAACAGGAAUGAUGGCGAAAGCUAUGUUUCCCAACUUCUUCCUGUCAAUAAAGGUGUCCCUCAAGGAUCUAUUUUAGGCCCUUUGCUUUUUAUCAUUUAUAGUUCCGAUAUAACAGCAUGUCUUGAAAAUUGCAAAUACCAUAUUUAUGCUGAUGACCUACAGGUGUAUAUUAGUGUAGAUAGUAAAAAUGUAAAUACAGCGGUAGAUAAGUUAAAUGAUGAUCUUCAACGUAUUAGUUCUUGGUCACAAAAUAACUCCAUGCUCCUUAAUCCUACAAAAUCUAAGUUUAUUAUUAUAGGUACUAAAAAGCAGGUACAGGUCAUAACUUCUACUGAUCCUAACAUACGUAUUGAUGGGGAAAACAUUGAACGAGUUUUUGAAGCACGAAAUCUUGGGGUUCUUAUGGACAGUUAUUUAAAGUUUGAAAAUCAUGUAAUUAAUGUCGUAAAAAGUUGUUUUUUCCGAUUAAAAGUUUUAUAUUCAAUUAGGCAGUUUAUCACUGUAGACUUACGUGUAAAACUAUGUGAAACCUUAGUUCUCUCUAAACUAAAUUAUUGUAUAACUUUGUAUGGACCUUGUCUAUUUAAAAAAUCAAAAAAUUUAAUUCAAAGGGUACAAAAUGCUUGCGCUCGUUACUGUUUUUAUAUCCCAAGACGAACACAUGUUACACCUUACCUUAAUGCCUCUAAUAUGCUUAAAAUGCAAGAACGUCUCAAAUUAUUUUAUGCCUCCCUGCUAUUUGGAGUGAUAAAGACAAAGAAACCAGAAUACCUAUAUGAAAAGCUUCAGUGGAGACAAAAUCAACAUAUGUACGGUAUUAGAAAGUGUGCAAAAGUACUUUGUAUACCUCAACAUAGGACAUCAGCAUUUCGUGGUAGUUACAAAUUUAUGGCUACAAAAUGUUGGAAUGAUCUUCCACCACCAUUACGAGUCAUAACAAAUAAGAACAGUUUUAAGAGAAAAUACAAAGAGUAUUUAUUAAGUACACAGAAAAUGUCAUAA